AAUAACCCAAUGCAUCACUUCCACUUGCUCUAACAAAAUCAAAAUGGAAACCAAAACACUCAUCCUUAUCGCACUCUUCUGCCUCGCCGGAACCACAGCCUUCGCAGCCGUCAAACCCACUUCCAACUACAUCAAAUCUUCUUGCGCCACCGUCACCUACCCUGCUCUAUGCGAACAGUCCCUUACCCCCUUCGCCAAAACCAUCAAACGCAGCCCAUCUCAGUUAGCCCGUACGGCGUUGGCCGUGAGCUUCAAGCAAUCUCAGUCGACUCAGGCUUACCUCAACAAGCUCAAGAGAUUCAAAGGGUUGAAACCCCGUGAGAGAUCCGCCAUCGGAGACUGCUUAGAAGAAGUGAGUGACAGUUUGGACCGGGUCAGCAAAUCCAUCAAUGAGCUCAAGACCUGUGACCGGGUCAAGGGUCAGGAGUUCACAUGGCAUAUGAGUAAUGUCCAGACAUGGGUUAGCUCUGCACUCACUGAUGAGAACACUUGUAUGGACGGGUUCGGGGGUCGGGCCAUGGAGGGUCGGAUCAAGACUUCGGUUCGGGCUCAGAUCACGAGUGUUGCCCAUGUUACUAGCAAUGCUCUAGCCCUAGUUAACAGCUUUGCCCAGAAGAAACAUUAGUGGAUGAUGACCGGGCCGGGUCUGGGUCCCAAAUCCAAAGUGAUGUUUUUUUUUUUUUAUUUACUUUUUUGUGUUAUAAACUAAAGUAGUAGCCCAUUUGGGUCGGAUCUUGUUUAAUAUGGAAGAUGUAUAAAUACUAUAUAUAUGUAUACUUUUGUCUUUAACAUAAAUGUGAGCUUGUAAAAUUAUUAA